AUGGAGAUGUGGCUUGUAUCUACUAACCCCACCGUUGCACCACUAGAAAUGAAAAGCAUGUAUGGCAGACCAGGUAAACUUAGAAGGAAGGAAUCUAGUGAGAGUAAAAAAUCUGGAAAGCUAACUAGAACUGGACUUGCCAUGACAUGUAGUAAUUGUAAUGUUAGAGGCGACAACAAGAAAGGAUGUCCACAAAGGGUUGAGUCAUCAGCAAGGGAAGAACCAUCAAAUACAGACAAGGGAAAGGGUAAAACUUCAGGUUUAGGUAGACUAAAGAAAGCACAAACAGAAGUUGAGCAUUCUACAAAGAGGUCAAGAGAAAGACCAUCUGCAGCACCUAAUGCAUCUCCAGGACCUGCAAAGAGGUCAAGAGGAAGACCACCUGCAGCACCUAGUGUAUCUGCAGCAACUGCAAAGAGUGCAAGAGGAAGACCACCUACAACACCUAGUACAUCUGCAAAAACCUACAAAGGGUGCAAGGGAAGACCACCUAUUGCACCUGUAGCAUCUAAUGCAUCUGCAACACCUAGUGCAUCUGCAUGUGGUGGUGAAGAACUGAGAGAUUCAUCAGUCAUAGUUGUAGAUCGCUGA